GAGGGUUGGCAGCCUAACUCCAGCGAGCGCGGCUCUUUGUCCUCCAGUGGCUGUGUGGUAGCUACCGGGUCGGUGUCACGGCCCGUGGCGAGACAGGGUCCAGGAGCCAGAGGACCAGCGAGCGGGGCGGGAGGGGAGGACAGCGCGGCGGCGGCGAGCGCUGGAGGAGGAGCCCGGGCGGGCGAGCGGAGGCCGGACCGAGCGGGCGGCGCGGCGCGGGUGAGCGUGUGCGGAGAGCUGGUGCCCGCGCGCGCACGGUGGCAGGAGCAGCCCGCACGCCGAGCUCUCUCCGUGGGCGACCUGCAGGUGCAAUAUGACUUUGGAAGAAUUCUCGGCUGGAGAGCAGAAAACCGAAAGGAUGGACAAGGUGGGGGACGCCCUGGAGGAAGUGCUCAGCAAGGCCCUGAGUCAGCGCACCAUCACUGUCGGGGUGUACGAGGCGGCCAAGCUGCUCAACGUUGACCCGGAUAACGUGGUGCUGUGCCUGCUGGCGGCGGACGAGGACGACGACAGGGACGUGGCUCUGCAGAUCCACUUCACCCUGAUCCAGGCGUUCUGCUGUGAAAACGACAUCGACAUCCUGCGCGUGAGCAACCCGGGCCGGCUGGCCGAGCUCCUGCUGCUGCAGAGCGACGCGGGCCCGGUGGCCGGCGAGGGCGCCGAGCAGCCCCCGGACCUGCACUGCGUGCUGGUGACGAAUCCACAUUCGUCCCAAUGGAAGGAUCCUGCCUUAAGUCAACUAAUUUGUUUUUGCCGGGAAAGCCGCUACAUGGAUCAGUGGGUUCCAGUGAUUAAUCUCCCUGAACGGUGAUGGCAUCCGAAUGAAAAUAACUGAACCAAAUUGCACUGAAGUUUUUGAAAUACCUUUGUAGUUACUCAAGCAGUUACUCCCUACACUGAUGCAAGGAUUACAGAAACUGAUGUCAAGGGGCUGAGUGAGUUCAACUACAUGUUCUGGGGGCCCAGAGAUAGAUGACUUUGCAGAUGGAAAGAAAAUGAAGAAGGAAGCUGUGUGGAAAGAGAAACACAGGUCAAAAGGAACAAAAAUUACAGAGAACUAUGCAGGAAAGGAAACUAUGUAUUCAUUUGCGAUGGUUGAGUUCCUUUAAAACAAACCAAAUACGCUUUGUUAAAGUUUAAACGUGCAGCCAUAGUUCCAGUAUUUUUGGUUUAUACGCCCUCAAGAAAAAGGAAGCCAAAAGGGUUAAUCAUAUUUUAUUGUAUUUUGAUGAGAUGUUGAUUCUCAGAAGUUUUAUUAUAAAUUGUACUAAGUUAUUUUAUGACAUGAAAAGUUAUUUAUGCUAGAAUUUUUUGAAACACAAUGCCUACAAUAAACUGAUAUGGAAUAAUUGCA